CAUUUACUCAACACACUGGUGUGUAACGCUGGGGAGGUGUUGGGUGUUACUUCUCCAGCUCAGUUCUCGGCACACAAAACCACGAGCGGUUCAACAGAGAUCGUUCACUCGAGCUCUACAUGAUUUUCGCUAAUUCGCACCUCGUCGUGGCGCAAGGAAGUAUUAAGAAGGAGUAGAAGCACAAACCGAGGAACAGUCAACGCCGAAUGUGUAGAAUAAGGGAGAAUAAUAUUGGUCCGUUGACGGUUUGUUGACACUCGUAAGGAGUUGGUGGGAUCUCUCGAGCCCAGCCAUGGAAGAAGCGAUACGGAGAUUUCUUUCCUGAUGCUGCGAUCAGCCCCUACACAAAUGGACACGAUGUCGCUGGCCUCCGCCGUGGUCGUCUGGGAAUGGCUCAACGAGCACGGGCGCUGGCGGCCGUACAGCCCAGCCGUGUCUCACCACAUAGAGGCGGUGAUAAGAAGCGAUCCUCGCGGCGGCAGCGUCGUUUUAGGCCGAGCUGACAGCCGCCUGUCGCCCUACAUCCUGGAUCUACACUCCAUGCAUCAGUUCAGACAGGAUACCGGUACGUUAAGACCAGUGCGACGGAGUUUCUAUGACUCCACCUCAGCUCCAGGCCAAGGUUGGAUAUGGGAGUGGGAAAAUGACGCAGGUUCCUGGACGACCUAUGAUAUGCAGGUGAUCAUUGCCUUGCAAGUGGCAUGGGACCGACAGCAACCCUGGCUGGACCUGACAUCAAUAGGCUUUUGCUACUUUGUAGACUUCCAGACCAUGACCCAGAUUAACAGGCAAACGCAGCGGCAGCGGCGCAUCCAGAGACGCUCAGACAUGGUUUACCCACUAGUCUCUGGGCCACUGCCUAAAACCUCACAGGCUUGGGGUACAGGCUCAAGGUCUGGAGGCAUUGCUAAAGGACUUACAUCAGGUGGGGGCUCAACCAGGGCACUUCUCGGGGUAGGAGUUUCUGGAUCUACUUUGAGUAGAAAAGGAAGUGUGGUUUACCCAAGCGGGACGCUUUCGGGAUCAUCUCUCGCUCCUCCUGGACAGCCAUGUGCCUGCCAGCAGUGCAUGCUGGUGUUGAGUGUAAAGGCAAAUGGCACCUCAUCACAGACACUGGGACGUGCAACAAAGCCAAACAGUCCUAAAUCCAACUUUGGGACACUUGCAUCCUCCUCUGCGUCCAUGUCUGUUUUAAAAUCCUAUUCUCAUACACUACCACAUGGCACGUCUUUAAAAUGCUCGCUCUCGGAAGAAGCCAAGAAUUCUGCUGCUUUUGAUCAGUCAUUGUCUCUUCUCACAUCGGGCACUGCCAAUCUCUCAAUCUCCUCCAGCCGCCCACCGCCUCCAACUCUGCCAUCGCCGAAUAAGCAGCCUUCGUCCGCCCCAAGCUCUUCGUCUUCUGCAACAUUUGUGCCAACUGCCAUGCUUAUUAACACAUCAACCAGUCCCUCAUCAUCCACAGAUUUGACAUCAUCUUCAACAUCAUUGCUUUCUCAACGCUCUGCUGCCUGUGCUGCCCCUCUGCCAUCUCGUGCCAGUCUUACAGGGCUUAGUCGGCCUGCUUUGCAGAGAAUUGCCAUGGCACAGUCACGGGCCCUUAUUGCCUCUGGUUACACUGCUGUCUAUGGGAGGGUCAGAGAGUGCUCGGACUUCAUCAAAAAUAUCUUAAUUUGUGUUCUGAAGAUAAAGGAACCUUCCUUAUGGGUCUGGAAUAUGAGGGCCAUGAUGCAAAAAGAACAAAUCCAUUUCUUAAACUUUUUAUGUCUACGUCUUAUAUCAGUAUUUUGUAUUUCCUUUCAGGAUUGUACUAUCUGUAUGGAGGCUCUGGGGGGACCCUCUGGGUAUAAGGGUCCAGGUGUAGCAAGUGUUUCGCAUGCAGAGUCGGUUGGAAGACUGGCACAAUGUGGGCAUCUUUAUCACCUGCAGUGCCUAGUGGCCAUGUACAACAAUGGCAACAAAGACGGCAGCCUGCAGUGUCCCACAUGCAAGACAAUAUAUGGAGUAAAGACAGGCAACCAGCCACCCGGUAAGAUGGAGUACCAUGUCAUCCCGCACUCACUUCCAGGACACCCAGACUACAAAACAAUUCGCAUCAUCUACAACAUCCCGCCUGGGAUACAGGGUCCUGAGCAUCCAAAUCCAGGGAAGCCUUUUACUGCAAGAGGAUUUCCCCGUCACUGCUAUCUUCCAGACAAUGAAAAAGGACGCAAGGCAUUAAGGCUGUUAUUGCUGGCGUGGGAUCGACGGCUGAUCUUCUCAGUGGGCACCUCCAGCACCACAGGAGAAUCAGACACUGUCAUCUGGAAUGAGAUCCAUCACAAGACAGAAUUUGGCUCCAAUCUUACUGGACACGGCUAUCCAGAUUCUGGCUAUAUUGACAAUGUACUAGAGGAGCUUAAAGCCCAGGGCAUCACUGAAGACGAGGAACAGCAACUGUGAAGAGGAUGGGAUGUGCUCGAUGGCAGUGAAAAAAAUAAUAAUAAUAAUGGUACUAGAUGUUCUAGGAGCUUUUGAGCUCAGAAAUACGAGUGAAUUCAUAUGAAAAAGAAAACUCUGAUAUAAAACAAUGUGACCAAUUGGUACGAUUAACUAUGUAAAUGAGGUACAAGUCAGCAAGUAUCCCCAAUCUCAAUACGAAUUAGGGCAUGAAGUAACACAACUUACAUGAGAAAGAUAUUUGGUUAAAGGAGAAAGAGAGGUUUGAAGGAAAAAGGAAAGUGUGAAAAGCAAGAAUGGGAGGUGGAGGGGACUCGUGAGGUAGAAAAAAGAGGGAAUAGAAAGACUAAGAAAAUGCAGGUUAUUGAAGCAGCGGUGACGUGUUUUAUCUGCUUAAGCGAUGUUGCAGUCUGAGUUUGCGUAAAUUGUGUUAAACGGUUGUAAGUGUGGGUGUAUUUAGUCGACUCUGGUACCUCUAACUGGAUUACUUACUCUCAAUCUGUUUACUAGAACUCAGAAGUAUAGUUUAGUGCAUAUGAAUGCUUGUAUUAUAAUUUGUAUUAUCAUACAACAUCAUUCCUUGUUUUCAUGUAUUGAGAAUUUAUACUAUUUUUGUACGGAUGAUAACAUGUGCAUAAGAUUCAGAGUUUUGAUUCAUCAAAAUAGAGCGGCAUUUCGUGAUCAACUGAAAAUCACUUUUAUGGAAACAUUAAAUUAAUUUAUGCUGGUUUAUAUGAAGCAUGAAAAAACCAACUAAUUGUUCUUCCUCAGAUAAUUUGAGUACUUUAUGUGCUCAUUGAGAUAAAAGAUGUCUCUAAUGCAUCUAAUAGUUAUAGAUUGUAGAAUAUCACAUUUUCACGGUACAGGAAAGAAGUGCAGCUUUACUCCACGUUCAGCAUUAAAUAUGUUCAGCUUUAAUACAGAAGAGAGCUAUAAGCAAAUUAAUUUAGACUGAGAUGACAGAAGGAAUAGCAAGCACUUCAUGGCUAGAAAGAUGUGUAGUUUAAUGAUCCCUAAGGGUCAGUUUAGUAAUAGUUUACCAAAAUGAAUUUUGCAAACUAAAGGAUUUUGCAUAAAAUAUGAUCUAGCUCUUUUCAAAUGUUCUUUACUGUCCUCAUAUCCUGUUUUUAGGCCAGUCUGUAUGUUAGGUCAAUUAUUGACCCGUUUUAUAAUGAUCCACUUCUAAGAACGUGCCAUUGUUUGGCAUGUGUGUAUCUGUGCAUGUGUGAGCCUGUGCAACAUGUGUAUGUUUGCAUUUGUGCUUGGUUAAAUAUAAGAGUGUAUGCUAUGCAUCCACAACACAGAGGUACGGUGUUAUUCAUCUGCAUAAUCGUGUUUUCAUGCAUUUCUGUUUGUAUUUCUCUUUUAUAUUAAUAUUUUACUAUAUUUUAAGAAUGUUUCAUAUGGAGAAAUUUUAUACUUUAAAGUUGAGCCUCAACUGUUUUUGGUUUAUUUUUGUCUGUUUACAAAUGCAACAAAUGCAAUUUUUUUUCGUAUGAAGUUGUGGGAAAAAAUAUAGCUUCGAAGUCGACCAACUGCAUUAUGUUGAGUUUUGUAAUCUGUUAAGCAUUAAAAUAAAAUUAUCAAAUAAAACUUUGUAAUUUUGUGAGGGGGAAAAAAACUUUUUGACAAAUGGAGAAUGAUAAUACCUGUACAUGAAAAUGAAAAAGAAUUAAAAAAAAAAGAAUAAGAGAAAUCGAA